UGCUCCGCUUAAACCUGUUCUUGUUCGUUUCAACUUUUCAAUUCGAAAAAAACGUUUGAGCGUGGUGCACGGUUCGAUUCCUCCGACUGAUUCUUAAUCGUAGAGCAGCACUCACACUCGCACACGGGCCCCGCAAAAACACACACACACACAACAUACACUGCCAGCAGAGUCCCCCAUAAACAAGUGUUGUUGUUGAAAUGAACGCCGCAGCGCUGCUUUUGGCGCUGCUCUGCGCCGCAAACGCAGCCGCCGCCGAUUUGGCGGACAAAUUGCGCGAUGACUCGGAACUCUCUCAGUUCUACAGCCUGCUGGAGAGCAAUCAAAUUGCCAACUCGACACUUGCGCUGCGCAGCUGCACGAUCUUUGUGCCCACCAAUGAAGCCUUCCAGCGCUACAAGAGCAAAACCGCCCAUGUGCUCUAUCACAUUACCACUGAGGCGUAUACCCAGAAAACAUUGCCGAGCACCGUGCCAUCGGACAUGUCCGGCAAUCCGCCGCUGUAUAUCACAAAGAACUCGAAUGGCGACAUCUUUGUGAACAAUGCCCGAAUUAUACCCUCACUCAGUGUGGAGACAAACAACGAUGGCAAGCGACAGAUCAUGCACAUCAUCGACGAGGUGCUGGAGCCGCUCACCCCCAAGGCUGGUCAUUCGGAUACCCCCAGGAACCCGAAUGCCUUCAAGUUCCUUCAGCAGGCCGAGGAGUUCAAUGUGGACAACAUCGGUGUCCGCACCUACCGCACCCAGUUGACGAUGGCCAAGAAGGAGUCGGUCUACGAAGCAGCUGGAUUCCACACCUUCCUGGUUCCCGUUGAUGAGGGUUUUAAGCUAACCGCUCGCAGCAGCCUAGUGGACGCCAAGGUCGUCGAUGGCCAUGUGAUACCCAACACUGUCAUCUUCACUGCCGCUGCCCAGCACGACGAUCCCAAGACUUCUGCCGCCUUUGAGGAUUUGCUCAAGGUCACCGUCAGUUUCUUCAAACAGAAGAACGGCAAAAUGUACGUCAAGUCCAACACCAUUGCGGGUGAUGCCAAGCACCGCGAGGGAGUGGUUCUGGCCGAGAUUGUCAAGGCCAAUAUUCCAGUGAGCAACGGAGUAGUCCAUCUGAUCCACCGACCUCUGAUGAUUAUCGAUACGACGGUCACCCAAUUUCUGCAGUCGUUCAAGUUCAUGAACGAGAAUGCCGAGAACGGAGCUCUGCGAAAGUUCUACGAAGUUAUUAUGGACAAUGGAGGAGCAGUUUUGGACGAUAUCAACAGUUUGUCCGAAGUGACCAUUUUGGCACCCAGCAAUGAGGCUUGGAACUCUUCCAAUAUCAACAAUGUUCUGCGAGACCGCAACAAGAUGAGGCAAAUCUUGAACAUGCACAUCAUCAAGGACCGCUUGAAUGUGGAUAAGAUCAGGCAGAAGAAUGCCAAUUUGAUUGCUCAGGUGCCCACUGUCAACAACAACACCUUCCUGUACUUCAACGUCCGUGGCGAGGGAACAGACACCGUGGUCUCAGUUGAGGGAGGCGGCGUUAAUGCCACCGUUAUCCAGGCUGAUGUGGCCCAGACCAAUGGCUUUGUUCACAUUAUCGAUCACGUUCUGGGUGUGCCUUACACCACAGUUCUGGGCAAACUUGAGUCCGAUCCCAUGAUGAGUGACACCUAUAAGAUGGGCAAGUUCUCGCACUUCAACGACCAGCUGAACAACACACAGCGCCGCUUCACCUACUUUGUGCCCAGGGACAAGGGCUGGCAGAAGACUGAGCUGGACUACCCAUCGGCUCACAAGAAGCUCUUUAUGCAAGACUUUGCCUACCAUUCUAAGUCCAUCCUGGAACGUCAUUUGGCCAUUUCGGACAAGGAGUACACCAUGAAGGAUCUGGUCAAGCUAUCGCACGAAUCGGGAAGCGUUGUCCUGCCCACUUUCCGCGACUCGCUGAGCAUCCGCGUGGAGGAGGAGGCUGGACAUCUCCAUGAUGAGUAUGCUAGUCACGAAUGGACUGGCUAUGUGAUCAUCUGGAACUACAAGAAGAUCAACGUUUACCGGCCUGAUGUGGAGUGCACCAACGGAAUCAUCCACGUCAUCGACUAUCCGCUCCUGGAGGAGAAGGAUGUGGUCGUGGCCGGAGGUUAGACAUUGUAACUAGCGUAACCAAACCAAAACCAACCCAGAAAUGUACUAUCCCCAAAAGAAUUACUAUCAGCCUACCAGUACACACUGUCUCAACUCUCACCACCACCACCCACUAGGAACUCAGUCGAAAACGAAUACGAAAUCGAAAUCGAAAACCCAGUUGUGGCUAUCGCUUCACGUAGUUGCUAUUAUAAUUCCCGAUCCGAUCGGACCUUUCCGGCAGUCUUAUCUUUAGUAGGUGGUCUAGUAACGUUUGUUUGGUGCAGUGCAGUGCCGUAGCAGCUAAGUGAAAAUGAAUUAGAAAUCGGAAUAUGAAAAUUGAAAAUUGAAAAUGUAGAAAUGAAUACGCUAAUGAAAUGUACACGUAAGCUUUAAAGAAUCGCUGGAAGAGCGCGGAUCGGAGAAUUUAGAGGAGGGAGAACCGCAUUGCAAUCGCAAUUUGUGUCGUAGUCAGUAGUUACACGUUAAGCGGCGUCUUAACGUGUAACUAGUGCCUUACUAAAGAUAAACGCAUUACCUUAACCUUUAUACAAAUUUACUCGAAACAUACUUGUACCCCAAAAAACAUACGUUCCGCUUCGAAAGAUAUCCAGAUAUAUAUAUAUAUGGAGGUACACCCCAAAACAAUACAAGUAUAACUACAAAUGAUAUUGCGCCACACGCUAUUUACACCAAAAUACACCAAACAACUCGAGAAAUGCAUAUUUUUCAUAUAUUUAAUUGUCAGAAUAAUAUAACGUAAUAUGUAGUUUAUUUACUGUAAAACUCAAGAAUCUCAAAAGAUGAAAUUAAAUCACAUAUAUUUGAUGUAUAUUUAGCCAUUGAGUUUCGAAGCAAGCGUUAGACACGGGAAUAUAUGAAUAAAUCUAUAUACAAUAUGCGAAAUCAAGCAAACUAUGGAAAACUGCAGUGCAAAAGAAGAAUAUUAUUCCAUUUUAUUUUACGACAAGCGCUUUUUACAAAUAAACCGAAUCCAUUUCAAUUACUCGUAAAUGAACAGCAAGAUUAUAUUUAGCAUUAGUUAAACUAAUUAAUACAUGUACUAGAAAACCGAAUGUCAACCGAGAAUCUUCAGCAAGCUUGAGCGAAUAAUAAAACUUUAAAACUAACUAUAAAUAAA